AGUUCUAAAGUCUCUGAAACAAAUAUUCCUAUUACUGGAGGCUUAUUUACAGAUAAAAAAAUAUCUGUCAAUUGGAGAAAUGGCCAAAAUGUGGUUGCGAAUGAAAGCAUUGAUGUUGCUCACCGGAAUAUUCUUUAUGCUGUACUUUGGUCUUCAGCCCUUAACGGAAAUGGUUGAGCAAAAACCCCUAGUUUCCUCUCCAGAAGAAAUUGUGUUUGUCAACUCCUCUGAAUGUCAUAUCAGUGCACCUCUAAAAUCAGCGGCUUUCAAGUGUGCAAUUGAGCCUGUGAACAAGUUGCGAUGCCGCAGAAACCAAUUGAUAACUGCAGUCACCAAAGGUGGGAGUAAUUUUCUGGUGGCACGAAGGGCUCCCGAGGACUUGGACUGCACAUAUUGGCUAGGAUCUGCCAGGGAUUUUCCAAGUAAACGGUACCUGGACAGUGGAUAUUUCAAACUAAAAAGGGAUGAGAGCAGGGAAAUAAAAAUUGGAACUGGGCAACAGAUAGUUCGCAUCAAGUGCUCCAACAAUCUGAACAAAACCGAGUAUCAUGAUGUUCAUUAUUUCUUGCCGAACCCUGAUUUCGAUGGAAAACCCUCAAGGAGUCCUGAAAAAUUAUCCGUGAUGGUGCUGGGUAUCGACUCAAUUUCCCACAUGCACUUUCACCGAUACUUUCACUUCAUGAAGGGCUUUCUGGAAAAUCUUCCUCACAUAACAUUUUAUGGAUAUAAUCGAGUGGGUCUGGAUGCCUAUGGCAAUUUAAUGCCUUUUCUGAGUGGUUUGAGUGCUAAUGAAGUGGAUCCAGAACUGUCGGCCAGCGAGCAAUCUUUGCUCUGGAAAAUCUUUAAGAUGGAAGGCUAUAGCACAGCCUAUGGCGAGGAUAAUGCUCAAGGUAUCCUUACCCAUAAGAACGGGGAGUGGGGAAGUCCCUUGCAACCCAUUGAUUUUGAUCUGACCCCUGUGAUGCUGGAGAUAGAUAACCACACGCGCUAUAGCAUAGAUCUCAGGGAGAUGAUCCAUUGCACGGCAGGACGAAAGUAUGAAGAGGUUCUCAAGGACUUUAUCUUAAAUCUAAUACCAUAUAUGCAGGAAAGCCCCUUUUUCUCAUUUUUCUGGCAGUCGCAGGGAGUUCAGGAGUACUAUGAAUACGGUGGCCACUUGGAUCUGACCUAUAUGUUGCUCUUGAAGAAGUUACUGGAUGCCAAUGUCCUGAAUAACACCCUGGUACUCCUUAUGUCCGCCCACGGCUUGAGGGCUGGCACCUACAGGAUGAGCUUUCAGGGCAUGAAGGAGGAAUCGCAGCCCCUCAUGGUGGCCAUAUACCCCGAUUGGCUGAAGGAGAAAUACCCCCUGGCCAUGGAGAAUUUCGAGAAGAACGCCCACAGCCUAGUCACACCCUACGAUCUGCACGACACCCUGAUGGAUGUGACCAGUCUCGAUCUGCUGCAGGAUGCCAAUAUAGAGAGCCGAACGAAUAGUCUGAAGUCCCUUCCCGUCAAGAAGAUGCCCAGGGGCAUUAGCCUCUUUCUACCGAUUCCAGAGCAAAGGACCUGCGACCUGGCCCACAUACCAUCGCUCUUUUGCUUCUGCCGCGAUCUCACCGAAGUUCCCACGGAUGACGGCCUGGUCCUUCGUUGCAGUCGCUUUUUGGUGGAGUCCAUCAACAAGUUGAUCAAGCCCUUCGAAAAGUGCAGCCAGCUGAAGCUCCAGAUGGUUUUGCAGGCUCACUUCCUUGACUUUGGGGAGGAGUCCUUCGUCUACGAGCUGAGGCUGAGGGUAAGGACCACCCCCGGAUAUGGUAUAUUCGAGGCCACCGUUCGUCUUUCGGAUGCUUUACUGCUGACCAGCCCCAUCAGCCGGGUCAACCACUAUCUGGGCCAAUCCCACUGCGUCAGCGAUCCUGUACUAAAGCUAUUUUGUACCUGCAUUUAAAGAGUUUUAAA